CAUGUGCUCAAACACCUGUCAAAAAUCUGUGACUUUAUUUUGUAAACAUUCGAAAAAUGUCGCGUAAAAAGUGGACGGAUCUUGAAAAACCCUUAUCUGAGCCAAUUCUUGAAGUCAUAAAGGAUCUUGGGUUUGAUUUUAUGACCCCAGUCCAAGCAGCGACAAUUCCUCUGUUAAUUGCACGUAAAGAUGUUUCUGCAGAAGCAGUGACUGGCUCUGGUAAAACACUUGCUUUUCUUGUACCUCUCUUGGAGAUUCUUAAGCGACGAGAAGCUGAAAGUCCAUGGAAACCAAAUGAGAUCGGAGCACUCAUUGUUUCUCCAACAAGGGAGUUGGCAUUUCAAAUAUCUGAAGUCUUGGCAAAGUUUCUAUCGCAUCCACAAUUAUCUUUUCUGAAGCAAAAGUUAUUAGUUGGUGGGAAUAACAUCGAAGAAGAUAUUGCUAAUAUACAAAAAGAGGGACCUUGCAUAUUAGUCUGCACUCCUGGACGCCUGGAAGACUUAUUUGAACGCAAAGGUGACCUUAAUCUUGCUUCAAGAGUAAAAAGUUUGGAAUUCCUUGUUCUGGAUGAGGCCGACCGUCUCUUGGAUCUGGGAUUCAAAGCAACCAUUAAUGUCAUUCUCAGCUAUAUUCCUCGACAGAGGAGGACUGGUCUUUUUUCAGCUACACAAACCACAGAGGUGACACAAUUAAUACGCGCUGGUCUAAGAAAUCCAGUGUUGGUGUCAGUUAAGGAAAAAUCCACAAUAAGCACUCCAGUGCUUCUUAAAAACUUCUAUUACAUCGUAGAACCUGAAUUUAAGUUUCUAGCAUUACUUGAGUUCCUAAAGCAACAUUGUCAUGACAAAAUUAUGCUGUUCUUUCCCACCUGUGCUUGUGUAGAAUACUGGUUGGAAAUUAUUCCACAAUUUUUGAAAAAGUCCACAGUUCUAGGCAUUCAUGGCAAAAUGAAGGCAAAGCGGAAUAGUGUUGUAGAGAAAUUUCGGUUAGCAGAAAAGGCAAUUCUACUUUGCACCGAUGUUCUAGCUCGAGGAUUGGAUGUUCCUGAAAUAGAUUGGGUUGUACAAUGGGAUCCACCGGCUAGUGCAUCGAGUUUUGUCCAUAGAGUUGGGCGAACUGCUCGUCAAGGGACAGAAGGUAGUGCGUUAGUGUUCCUUCUUCCCACCGAAGAUGCGUAUGUUAACUUUUUGAAAAUCAACCAAAAAGUAGAAUUAUCGCCUCUACAGAUUGAAUUUGGGACCCAAGACUUCGAUUCCAUUCUCAAUCGCAUGCAUAAGUUGCAAGCUGCCGACAAGGGAUGUAGCGACAAGGGAAUUCGAGCUUUUGUAUCGCACAUAAGAGCAUACAGUAAACACGAGUGCAAUGCAAUUCUCCGACUAAAAGACCUUGACUUGGGCAAAGUGGCCACUAGCUAUGGGCUCCUUCAAAUGCCGCGAAUGCCUGAGUUGAAAAAUUCUACAGCUGAUAGUUUUAUUGCACCAAAAUUCACUGUCGAUGUGAAUAAGUUGACUUACAAGAAUCAACAAAAGGAACAAAUUCGUCAGGAAAAACUGAAAACCUACGAAGCGACUGGAGAAUGGCCAGGAAAGAAGAAAUUUCACAAACGUACAGAAUCAUGGGAGCAAUCAAAGAAGAUGAAGGAUGAUGCUAAGUCUAAAAAGGAGAUCAGACGUGCUAAAAGGAAAUUAAAGAAAGCGUCUGGAGAUGCAGAGCCAAAGAAAAAGAAACAAAAAUUCAGCGAAGCUGAUCUAGAGGAACUGGCUAAUGAUAUACGAUUGUUUAAGAGGCUCAAGAAGAAAAAAAUCACUGAAGAAGAAUUCAAUGAACAAAUGGGAAUGGAAAAUGAGUAGAAAUGUAUGACUUUGUACAUUAGAUUAGUUUUUGAAGUCUAUUUUAUAAUGUUCUUAGUACUAACGACAAUAAAGUUAAAUAGUAAAUGUUUCAAAGGGUCUAA